UUUAUUAUUUAUGACAACAAUACACCAACACGUAGCUUUUGCUUCUUCGAAUUCUCCUCCAUCUCACGGUAACAAGAUCUCCCUUCCCCUCUCUUUCUCUCCGGCGGCGAUCUCAAAUCACCGGUAAAUCGCACCGUAACGCCCGAUUACUCGUCACCUCUGUGAUCUCCGCUGACACCUCGUGGUUUCAGUUUAUUCUAACUCGUCGCCAUCAUGAAUCCCGAAUAUGAUUAUCUGUUUAAGCUUUUGCUUAUUGGUGAUUCUGGUGUUGGGAAAUCAUGUCUACUUUUGAGGUUUGCUGAUGAUUCAUAUCUGGAUAGCUACAUCAGUACCAUUGGUGUUGACUUUAAAAUCCGUACUGUGGAACAGGAUGGAAAAACCAUCAAACUCCAAAUUUGGGACACUGCUGGCCAAGAACGCUUUAGGACAAUCACUAGUAGCUAUUAUCGUGGGGCUCACGGUAUCAUAGUUGUUUAUGACGUGACAGACCAAGAGAGUUUCAACAAUGUCAAGCAAUGGCUAAACGAAAUUGACCGCUAUGCCAGUGACAAUGUGAACAAACUUUUGGUUGGGAACAAGUGUGAUCUAACAGCAAACAAAGUUGUGUCAUAUGAGACAGCUAAAGCUUUUGCUGAUGACAUUGGGAUUCCUUUCUUGGAAACAAGUGCAAAGGAUGCCACUAAUGUUGAAGAGGCUUUCAUGGCCAUGGCUGCUUCAAUCAAGAAUAGGAUGGCUAGCCAACCAGGCAUGAACAAUGCGAGACCUCCAACGGUGAAUAUCAAAGGACAGCCUGUUAACCAGAACUCUGGUUGCUGCUCUUCUUAAAUGAAAAUUUAGUUUUAGUUGGUCCAUGUGAUGAUAUUUGUCCUUUUGUGUUAUUUGUUGCAUGUAGUUGGGGAAAAAAAAAACUAGUCUGAUUUUUAUUUCAUUUGAUAGUAAAAGAUGGUUCUACAUGAUUUUUAUAUUCUUAUCUUUGUUUGUUAUAUUAAAUACUCAAUUCUAAAUUUCUAUUCUUUUAA